AUGUACGAGCAGGGCUCAAUGUUUCGUGCCCGCUAUCUUCACCCAGAUGCGAACUUGACCGAAGCUGCUGUGAAUGUUACGGAUAAUGCGCGUAUUCAGGGCAUUGAAUGGAAUGCAAUUGACAACAGCCAGCUCUACAUCGCCACCAACACUGAUGAGUGGACGGCUGAGAGUGCGCUGGCUUUCAUGCAAGGCCUCUACCCUCCGAGCGAGCAGACAUAUUCGGACAACGCCGGCGGCACCACAGGUGCUAGUCUUGCCGAUAAUACUCUGCUUGAGUUCCCUCUAGAUGGCUACCAGUACCCCAAAGUACGGACAAUGUCCAUUCUAGAUCCUGAAUCUAUUUGGAUCCAAGGUCACGUUCAAUGUUGGACAUACAUGAACUCCGUUUACAACAUAAAGAACAACUCGGUCGUCAAUUCACUAUACGAAGACACACUGGAUUUCUACCAUGGGCUUUGGCAAAAGAUCUUCACAGCUUUCGAUCUUAACAAGGCAAACUUCAAUAAUGCAUACGAGCUUUAUGAAUAUGCACAAUACCUAUGGACUCAUGAUGAAAGCAUCAGAGAACAUAUGACGGCAACGGAUCUCGCGUAUCUGAGAGAUCUCGCUGCCACUCAGCAGAAAGACUAUGCCAAUUUGACUGUCUCUGGUAAUAAUAUCGGAGCGAUCGCAGGGCGCACCCUUGCAGCGAAGGUGGUCUCUCAGUUGCAGGAGAGCUUCAAUAAUGCAGGCUCUGUCGAUAAGCUGAGCGUUGUCUUUGGCUCCUACGAGCCAUUUAUGUCUUAUUUUGCUUUGGCUGAUCUCGUCAGCGUCCCAGGUGCAGGAGUUUUCAACGAUUUGCCCAAUCCUGGUGCAGCAAUGUUGUGGGAAUUAUUCUCGGUGGGCUCAGAUACAACAGUGUAUCCCUCCGAGGAAGAGAUGUGGGUGCGGUUUCUCUACCGCAAUGGAACGGACUCCGAGGCGGCGUUCACCGAAUAUCCAAUCUUUGGCAACCCGUAUUCGGAGAGCAGCAUGCGCUUCACUGACUUCAAGGCAAAAAUGGCUGGGAUUUCGGUAGGCAGUGUAUCUGGAUGGUGCCAGACCUGCGAUAGUGUUAAUAUCUUCUGUGAAGGCCUUGCUGCCAACACUGACGGCUCGUCAUCUGCAUACGGCGCCGCUGGGUCUAGCCCAGUUACACCCGCUGUCGGAGGAGUCAUUGGUGCAGCAGUUACGGUAGCUGUUCUAGGCUUGGCUCUUUUAGCUGCCAUGAUCCUUGGCGGUGUCAGAAUCGUUCGCCACGAUCCUGUCCGGAGAAACAGCAGUCUCGGAGGAUUCAAGGGUGCAGAGAAGAUGGCUAGUGACACAGACUUGGCAGUCGCUAAGGGAGGCGCUCGUCAUGAGCGAGUUGGGAGUUGGGAGCUUCGAGAUGGGUCUAAAGGAGCGGACGGUGAUAGUGGCGCAGGAGCGGUUGUUACUACCAAGGCUUUUGGCCUGACCAUGCCGAAGCGCGAUGAUGAUGCUAUCAGUGAGAUGAACGUGCCUCCAGUUCAUCCCAGAGAGGAGGUGUGA